UUGGAGGAGCUUUAGGCGCGCUGCCUGAUGGGAUAGUGGCAGUUGUCUCCAGGCGGGCGGCAAUGAUUGAUUGGCGCGAGGCCUGAGGGAACGGGUUAUUCAGAGGGAGAGAGUUGGACAUAUACAAGAUUACUUCGGUCGUGAGCUGUGAAUUUAAAUAUCAGUAUGUCAACAGAAAAGGCAAAGUUUCCAGAUGUUGCUGGUUAUGUGGGAUUUGCAAAUCUGCCCAACCAGGUCCAUAGGAAGUCCGUGAAGAAAGGAUUUGAAUUCACGUUGAUGGUAGUUGGUGAGUCUGGCCUUGGAAAGUCUACAUUGAUCAACAGCCUGUUCCUGACGGACCUCUAUCCUGAACGCUAUGUACCUGGGGCUGCAGAAAAGAUUGAAAGAACUGUCCAAAUUGAAGCCUCAACAGUUGAAAUUGAGGAGCGGGGAGUCAAGCUACGCUUAACGGUUGUGGAUACCCCAGGAUAUGGUGAUGCUAUUAAUAGUCAGGAUUGCUUCAAACCAAUCAUUCAGUAUAUUGACAAUCAGUUUGAACGAUAUCUUCAUGAUGAGAGUGGCUUGAACAGACGGCAUAUCAUAGACAACAGAGUGCAUUGCUGUUUCUACUUCAUCUCUCCUUUUGGCCAUGGGUUGAAACCUCUAGAUGUGGAAUUUAUGAAGGCCAUUCACAGCAAAGUAAAUAUUGUACCUGUGAUUGCUAAGGCAGACACACUGACAUUGAAGGAACGGGAACGACUGAAGCGAAGAAUUCUCGAGGAGAUCACUGAGCAUGGUAUCAGAGUCUACCAACUACCAGAUGCUGACUCUGAUGAGGAUGAGGAGUUCAAGGAACAAACCAUGAUUCUGAAGGCCAGUGUUCCCUUCGCUGUAAUUGGCUCCAACCAACUGAUUGAGGUGAAAGGCAAAAAAAUUAGAGGUCGCCUCUACCCAUGGGGAGUGGUUGAAGUGGAGAACCCAGAACAUAAUGACUUUCUCAAACUACGCACAAUGCUGGUAACACACAUGCAGGAUCUGCAGGAAGUCACUCAAGAUCUACACUACGAAAAUUUCCGUUCAGAGCGGCUGAAGCGUGUUGGCAGGAAUGUGGAAGAUGAAACAGUUGACAAAGACAAGAUGCUGCUGCAGAAGGAAGCUGAGUUGCGUCGAAUGCAAGAGAUGAUUGUUCAGAUGCAAGCACAGAUGAGAAUGAAGCCUGCAGAUAAUGGAGAUGGACAUUGAGUAGUGAACCAUUUCUGCUUUUAUUUACCGGAAUGGAACGAGCUGGGUCCCGUGGUUGCAAACACCCUUGAUCCCUCGGAUGCAAUACUUGACUGUGAGUUUAAGGCGAAACUGAAGAGGAAACGGUCUCUACACACCUUGCAUGGAAUUUUGGUAUCACUUUACUGUAAUCACAGAUAUAUUUUCUAUCUUACCUGUUUAUACUGAUAUUACUUGAUUACAACGGGAAUCUUUAUACGGUUUUUAUAUAGUUUGUAAACCUUCGUGUAUUAUUGCUGCACACUCUCAAGCUUUCACAGCAUCUCAUCUUUUCCUCCAAGUGGCAGAUUUUGGUGCCUGUCACAGCACUUGUUAUCGUCAAAGACAUGAUCAUUAAUGAGGUGAAGAGUCAACCAACGGAAUCCCCAAAACAAUCUCUUGCCAUUUCAUUGAUAACAAAGUUGGUACACCAAACCCUUCUUUAUUUUGCCAUCUAUACAAAAAUAUGCUGCUGACAGGUCCAAAAUGCUAAGUGAAUCAAACAUUAUGAUUGUUAUUCAAUCCUGUGAAUCAGCUCAACACUUUGUGUCACAUGGCAUUAGUGUUGACAAGUUCCCUGAUAAGUGAGCUCGGUUUAUGGUGAUAAUUACCUUCCCUGUCAUAUUUUAAAUCUUGAUGAAGGGCCAAAGUAAACUAAUAGUUACCUGUUUACUUGCAAGUCUGUGGCGGAUGCCGCCAAAAUGCUGACUUGUUAAUCUGCAGCAGACUCCGUUAAUUCUUGAGGGUUUUCAACAAAAGCAAGUUGGGUUUCAUGCCAGCAAGUGUACACAGUACAAAAUUCUUUUGGUUGAAACUUAAAACUCUGAGACUAGCCCUUGUAAAUCAGGGUUUUGAAAAAAUGAUUCUCAGACAUGACGGAGAUUCUCCAAAACACUGAGCAAAGUAACAUCUUGCAGGAUAACUGUGAUGGCUGAUAAGAAGGAUUUCAUGUGUUUAUCAUGUAUGUAUUAUUAGUUGUUUAUUUCUGCAUUUUGGUGUUUUUACAUUGUCUGUCCUGAAGUUGUGAAAGGCACUAUAUAAAUACAAGUACUUCAUCAUUCAAUUAAAGGCAAUUUUGCACAUUAA